CAAUAAUUCAAUUCCACGUUGUGGUUCUGGAGCAUCCACUAAAUACGUGAUGCAACGUACCAAUCCUUUUUAAGGAAGGCUAAGGUUUAUUGAAGGUUCAGCAAGGACGCAAUCAUUGACGUCGCUACGUAAAUCUGGUACCUACAAUUUUUACAGGCAUAUGCCAGGAAUCUGCGCACGAGCCAAGUUCCCUUUUUGAAGGUUACACGCUAAGAUUAAUUGAUAACAGGUCACAUCCAUGCGAGCGGCUAAUCUGAUAUUCCCUUUUCCAGGGCGGUCAAGAUUUUCAACAGUGGCAGAUCGAUUUACUUUCACUAGCCACUUAAUUCGAUAUAGCAGUCAAUUACAUACACCACCACAUUCGCGAUCGCCUCUAGAAUUCCAACAUUCAUACCGACAGCCACCUAUAUAGCGAUCCGAGACAGAAAAUAGCCCAUCAUGGGUGUAGCAAAGAAAACGCGCAAAUUCGCACAGGUAAAGCGCAUAAUCUCGCGCCGCGACUCCCGUCUAAAAGAAAACCAAAAGAAAGCCGAAGAAGCCAACCCCUCCAAAAAACCCACCACAUCCGCCUCCGGCGACAUAAUCCGUCGCGAAGUCCCACAACUACCCUCCCAGCUCUUCUUCCAGCACAACGAAGCGCUCGUGCCUCCCUAUAGCGUACUAGUUGAUACCAAUUUCUUGAGUCACACUGUACAGCGCAAGUUGCCGUUGUUGGAGAGUAUGAUGGAUUGCUUGUACGCGAAGUGCACGCCCAUUAUAACGUCCUGCGUCAUGGCCGAGUUGGAGAAGUUAGGUCCUAAGUACCGCAUUGCGCUGCGCGUGGCACGGGAUGAGCGUUGGGAGAGGUUGCAGUGCGAUCAUAAGGGUGUGUAUGCUGAUGAUUGUAUUGUGGAUCGUGUUAUGAAACAUCGUAUAUACAUCGUCGCGACCAACGAUAAGGACCUCUGCCGACGGAUACGCAAGAUCCCUGGUGUACCUAUCAUGAACGUGGCUCGUGGAAAAUACGUCAUCGAGAGAUUACCUGGUGCUCCCCAAUAGGCAUAACCAUGGGUCAGGAGCUGGAAGGAAGUUGCAUAAAUAAGGGCAUAAUGGGCGUUAUGGCAGAGAUGUCUCUGGGCUUCACGGCAUA